AUCGCCAAUGGAUUCUGCUCAACCUUUCACUAACUUGGUUGAAAGAAAAGGAGAUGAAAUUACAGAGGUAAAUGAAAAUGCAUCGGGUGAGCAACCAGCAAAGUCUCAAAGCCAUAAGAAUGAUGAAGCUGUGAAUGCCGAAGCGAACAGUAGGAGUAUAAAAGGCAAUCCCUUUCAACCUACGAUUGAUCAAUUUUUUAGCAAAACAGGACAAGGAGUCAUUGAGGUGAAGCAAGGUGAUUUUAAGGAACAAACUGCAACAACGCAAAGCUAUAAGAAUGAUGGACGUGUUAAUGUAGAAGUGGAGAAAAGAAGCGAGGGGAAUGAGGAUCAUAUUAAGUACCAGUCAUUAUACAAGGCUGUGCAAGAGAAUGAUUGGAAGAGAGUUGACGAUUUCAUAACCAAAGACCCCGUGGUGUUGACUGCCAAGAUUAAAGUAUUUCUGGAGGAAACAGUUAUUCACGUAAUUACUCUAAACUUAGAUUCCCCCUUUUGGCUUCUGGAAAAGGUUGCAUCGAUGGUUGGCCCAGACUCACUAGAACGAUUGACUGAUGAAUACGGCCAAACGCCUAUAUUCCACGCUGCCAAAUGUGGCAACACAAAGGCCGCAAAAGCCUUUGUUCAUAAGAACAAAGAAUUGCCAAAUAUAAGGAACAACGACGGUUUACUACCAAUUCGCCAAGCUGCAAUUCGUGGCCACAAGGAAACUAUUCAAUAUCUACUCUCAGUGACAGCAGUUAGCUUGGAUAACAGUGAUGGUGUUUUUCUGCUUAAAGAUUUGACCAAUUCUGGUCUCUAUGGUGUAUCUUUAGACUUAUUGAAGCGAUAUCCAAACUUAGCUCGUGUCGAGAACCAGGAUAGAGGAAGUAUUUUAUUAAUACUGGCGAAUAAGCCUCUGGCAUUUCAAAGUGGGAUCAGACUUGGAUUUUGGAAACGCUUAAUCUAUAAAUGGAUUCCUGUGCAAGAAGAACAUAUUCCUGGCCCUGAAAGUGUGGACAGAGACGUGAAAACUCCCGAUGAGAGAUCAAAGACAAAGUUGGCUGAAUUAACAGAUAUUGGAUUUCUUCAACAAAUGAUGUCUACUGCCACAAGCCUUGGCGCUUUGCGCCAAAAAAUAUAUAUUACGCUCUGGAAUGCCCUCAUGCACUUAGUUCCAAUCACCAAGAGCAUACACGAUGCAAAGUUAACGAAUAUGCAAGCACAUGAAAUUGUCAAAAUCAUGUGUCAUGACAGAGUUAUUUGGAGCAAUAGAGAAGCAUUUGAGUCAUUAUGUACGCCAGUUCUUACAGCCGCAGCAUCAGGGAUUUACGAGCUUGUCAAUGAAAUUAUGAAGGCCUAUUUCUUCUCCUUUACUUUUUCUACAAAUGGUAACGACAUAUUUCGAGUUGCAAUUCUAAAUCGCCACGAAAAAGUAUUUAGUCUUGUAAAUAGAAAAAAUAUUUUACUCACCUGGGACCCGGACAUGAAGCAAGUGGCUGACAUGAGUGUAAAAAAAGACAACAUUUUGCAUUUCGCUGGAAGGUUUGUCCCUUUAGAUCAUAUUCCAGGUCCCGCAUUGCAGAUGCAGGGGGAGCUACAAUGGUUUAAAGCUGUGGAAAGUUUUGUUCAUCCAUCCCUUCAUGAACAGAAAAAUUGGUCCAAUAAAACUCCUAGACAAGUUUUUACCGAAUCACACAAGAAUUUAGUCAAAGAAGGUGAAAAAUGGAUGAAGGAGACUGCUUCGUCCUGCACAGUUAUAGCUGCACUUAUAAUCACAGUAGUCUUUGCAGCGGCUUUCACAGUACCAGGUGGCAAUGACUCUACUAAAGGGACGCCCAUUUUCUUGCACAAACCAUCUUUCAUAGUGUUUGUCAUAUCAGAUUCAUUUGCACUCUUUACUUCCACUGCUUCACUACUAAUGUUCAUGGCAAUCCUCACUUCGCGUUAUGCAGAAGCAGAUUUUUUGGAGUCCUUGCCGAAGAAGUUAAUCAUUGGGCUAAUCACCUUGUUCUUUUCUAUUGCAAGCAUGAUGGUAGCAUUUGGUGCAACCCUUUACAUAUUUCUUUCCCAUCCAUGGAAAUGGACCAUCAUUCCAAUUUCCCUUCUUGGCUGUCUCCCUGUAUCCUUAUUUGCUCUUUUGCAGUUUCCUUUGUUGGUUGAGAUGAUCUCUUCAACUUAUGGAUCAAGCAUUUUACAACCAACCAAGUAAUUCUCCAGAAGAGCAACAGAGCAAUACAUUACUUUAACAGUACUGCAUUUAAAUUACACAUUUUUGUCCUUUUUGUUUAUUUGUAAAAUGAGAGUAAAUGAAAUUCUUGAAAU